GUGCCUGGGAGCUCACACACACACAAUCACACACGUACUCUCCAGUAAGAUUAUGUGAAGGAAACAGACUCAAAGUACUGAAAAUGAACCUCUUCUGCUUCACUCUGGAUGGCUCGACAGACAGCCUGUACGAGCCUGCCCAAUGUGACCAGAACAGCCAAGACUCUGGCUUAUUACACAGAAGGCUAUGCAGCCCUAGCUCUGUGAAAAAGAGUGUUUGGAGAGGUUCAGAGCCUUGCAUCACCAUGAAGCUUCCAGAGUCAAAUAAGGCUCAUUUGGAAAAGGCAAAGAGAAAGUCCCAAAUAGUUUUUGAAGAUGAGACUACAGAGUCUAAUAAUGCCCACGGGCCCUCCACCAAGAAAAACGAUGGAUCGGUGCACGGCAAGAACAAUUCCAACACAGAGAUGGUCAAAGAUCACAACCGGACAAAACAAUUUACAAGGGAGGAGAAAGAGCAACAAGAGAGUUUGGAGAAAACAGAGGAAAAUUCCUGUGUUCAGGGUGUGAAUUUUGAAUCCUGGAAUCCCAAUAGAGAAAACUCUGAAGGCAGACAACAACACGUGACCAGGAGGGCAGAGGGUGAGGAGGAGGCGCAAGGAACAUUGAAGAGGAUCCAGAAAUUGGUGGGAGUGAAGAAGGGGGGUCAAAGCAGCACUGAGGAACCGUACAGGAACAGCACAGACACUGGCGAUCAUUUGCCAGAAUCAGAGAGAAAAGACCACAGUCCAGUCAUUACCUGCAUCACUCUGACCAAAAAAACUGAGAAAACGUUUGCGAGGAGGUCGACAUUGCAACCACCGCAAUCCCAGCAGCCCCCACUGGAGAAGGAGGUGGAAAUAAUGGAAACAGAAGGUUCUUGGAGUCAAGGGCUCUUUCAGGAGUACUGGAACCCCUUGAGCUACUCUACAGCCUGGGAAUCUUCCAGUCACACCUGCCACAGGUCAACGGCCGAACAGGUCAUGUACAACUUCAACUUUACCCUACCCAGAGACACAGACUGGGACAAGUACGAACAGCUCUUCCACCGACUGGACCCCUACAAACGAGACCAGCAGGCCAGAUGGAUCACCCACUCCGUCAUGGACCUGGACAUCCCUGACACCUUGCGUUCCACCAGUUUUGGGAUUUUUGACAGGCAGCAGCCCACCCAAGUCAAGACAGAAGAAAAAGGAGAUAGUUUGCCCACAGAAGCAGAGUCUCCUGAGGUGGAUCCCGGUAAAACAGGAGGUCUUGGGAAGAGGAUGAAGACCAUCUCUCUGACCAUGCGUAAGAAGAUGGGCAGGAAAUACACUAAAGCCCUGUCAGAGGAAAUGGGAGAGGAAAAUGAUCCUGUGGCAACCAAAGAGGGAAACGGUGGAAGUUCUUUAGCUAAAGGUUGCUCCCAUUCCAGUAAUUCCGUGGAGAGUUUGUUCAGUUUGCACAGCGGACAGAGCUCAUCCAGUGGUGUGACCAGUGGCUCGGAGGGUUAUAGUAUCAGGGACAGUCUGCGUCUAGAAGAAGACAUGCCGUACACGGGCCAGUUCUGUGGGAGAGCCAAAGUCCACACCGACUUUGUUCCCAGUCCGUAUGACACAGAAUCUCUCAAACUCAAGGUAGGAGAUGUUAUUGAUAUCAUCAGUAAACCUGCGAUGGGAAUCUGGACUGGGAUGUUGAAAGGCAAAGUGGGAAACUUUAAGUUCAUCUAUGUUGAUGUGCUGGUGGAGGAAAGGGCUCCAGAACCAAGGAUCCGUUCUCACAGGAGGAGCAGAAGACCUCGACCCAAAACGUUGCAGGAACUUCUUGAGAGACUAAACCUAGAGGAGCACAUUUCAUCUCUUCUGCUGAACGGUUAUCAGACGGUGGAAGAUCUUCGAGAUCUUAAGGAGCAGCAUCUCAUAGAGCUGAACGUAACCGACCCUGAACACAGACACCGACUGCUAGCGGCAGCAGAAAGACUUCAGGACACAGAAUAUAAUAAUCAGAGCCAUGGUGAGGCUGACGAGGAGCCCAAAUCUCCCUCCGCGCAAAUUAAAACAGAGCUGAAUGACUUUCCCAGAGACUCGGGCUGUUACAUCGGAUCUGACUGUUCAGAUAACAGUAAAGAGGACACUGAAAACCAGAUGGCAAGUCUGAGCCCACCAGCAGCUGAAACCUAACCACAACACCUCCAGGCCUGCAUAACACUGUGUUUAAACCCUCGCCCUGCCUCUGGCUGGUGCAAGGACGUCUGCUGGCCACAAAAUAGUUUGGCCGAAAUUUUAACAGUGUAUUGAAGACUUCCUGUCUGUUUGGGUAAAUUGAGACCUGUUGCAUUAAAGUGUUUUGUCCAGUGUUGUGCUGUGACGACAUCGGGGAAACUGUGGAAACAUGACGGUAAUUUAGAUAUUACAGAUGACAUGUAAAUAAACUGUAAAUAUUAUGUGGUACAAAACUUUGCUCUUGUAAACCGCUUAAACAUUGCCUUGCAGCUGUAAGACAAAAGAGAAAAACCAUUUUAUGCAAUAAAAAAGUUCUUCAA